ACUCUAGUUGAAGGCAUAGAUUAUACAAUGCACUAAAACUGUCUUCGAAUUGGGAGAAUAUUUUUUAUUGCAAAUGUUAAUUUUUAAAACAGAAAUGUAAAACACAAAAUCUAAUCGUGUGCCAACUUCAAAAUGUGUAUUCAAGAUCUCUUGAUAUUUUGUUGUCUUUUCGUUGUUGGAUCAUCGACGCACAUAACAGGAGAGUUUUCUACUGCAGAAUUCUUCAAGUUUUUAGUAAAAUUUGGUUUCCAAAAGACCGACAUACAUUUUCAGAAAGAAACAUAUGGUUAUAUUUUUGGAAACAUUACAGCAAACGAUCACUUUAAACAUCCCAUAACAUUUGCAGUUCUUGAUAGAAGACAUUUUUUACAUUAUUAUAAGAAUAGAGAUAUUAUUGAUAAAGAAAUGGCAUGUCAAUCAAUGUUCCAAAACUUAAAUGGAACUGCCUACCAUCCAAAAUGUAAUGCUUACGGUCAAGACCUAUUUCGACGUGUACCUUGUAUAAAGUCUGAACUAUGUAUUGACGAGGACACUCCAUGGAAUGUAAUUAAGAAAAAUCAAUUUACCUACGUGAUACAGAACACAGGGCAACCACGAUUUUGGUAUGUUUCUAUGGUUGCCUGCUACUUAAAUGAAGAAACUUGUUCAUGGCAUCACUAUCCAGGAGCACCAAAAGACAACAAAACAUUAAAAGCUAUGCCACAAGCAUUACAGUAUGACUUCUGGUUAGUGAAUGGAAGUCCAAACCUCUCAUUCUACAAUACAUUGUUGUAUCAAUUUUCAUUCGAUCGACAAAAUACAUUGGAAUUAUAUCUUAUGUUUUGGCUAUGUUAUAUUAUAUUGCUGCCCGUCCAGUUGUAUGCAGUUAGAACACAAAAGCACCCGGUAACAAAACUGUUCACAUUUAGUUUGGUCUUAGAGUUCAUAGCUCUUUGUUUCAAUGUUUUGCAUACUGUCAAAUUCGCUGUUGAUGGAGUAGGAUUUGCUGGUCUGUCAGUUGCAGGAGAUAUUCUUGAUAUUUUGAGUAGAACUUUGUUUAUGUUACUACUCCUACUGUUGGCGAAAGGUUGGGCAGUGACGCGGUUGGAACUUACAUACAAGCCCCUUGUUUUUGGAGUAUGGAUUAUAUAUGGUGUGGUCCAUAUUUUAUUGUACGUAUGGAAUACUAUUGAGGUCGACAUAAUUGAAGACAUCGAUGAAUACCAAACAUGGCCGGGAUGGUUGAUUUUGGCUCUAAGGGUAGCCAUCAUGAUAUGGUUCGUCCUGGAAUUACGUAACACGAUGAUGUACGAACAUAAUAUGCCGAAAUUGAACUUCUUUUUGCACUUUGGAGCUUCGAGCCUCGUAUGGUUCGUGUAUUUACCAAUAAUAGCAUUAAUUGCUCUGCAAGUCAACCCGUUGUGGAGAUUUAAAUUUAUUUUGGGUAUUACUUAUUCGGCGGACUGUUUAGCUUUUUGUGUGAUGGCGCAUUUGUUAUGGCCAACACGCUCAGAACAAUACUUACUUCUUGCGCCUCCUAACUAUACUGCUGGUAUAGAAGAACUGGACGAAUUUAACGAAUCCCCACACGUGGUUCACAGCGACACUGUCGCACUCACAACCGCCGAGAGUAUAAACGCUGACGAUGAAGAGGUCAUAUUCUCAAGGACGACACAUAAAAAUGGGAAUGCGUUCUCAUAGCAACCGGAGCACGCCCACGGGAAUCCUAACGGAGAAGCCCCGUUGGUAUCGCCACGAGUCAAUACACGCGGUUAGAGCAAAAGCCCAAUCUCUUAUGAUGAAACAAAAAGACGAGGAUGUCACUUGUGGUCCGUUGUCGAAGUAAAAAUGAAUAGUACAUUUUUGAUAAUCGUUUUACAUAAAAACCAUUGGGAUACACAUGUUUUUGAGUAAGUGUAUUUUCAUCCAGCUUAACCGUUGGUACUAUUGAUCAAAUAUCAAUUAUAAUAUUUAGAAGCUUUAUACGUUGAAUUUUUAUUUUUAAUAUUUGAAACUGCAAAUAUCUAAGUUUGUAAUUUUCUAUAGAAAAAUAAAGUGUCAUGAAAAAAAUGUCAAUUGAAAACCGAGCUAAAUAAAUGAUAACUGUAAGGAACCGAUAUAACAUUUAGACGAAGUACAAAAAAUGGGUGAUAAAGUGUUCGUCGCUUUUACAUUUUGGCAUUAUAAAUAUUUGUAACCCAAGGAAUAUUGUAUUUAUUGUGAAGAGUUUAUUUGUGAAUGUACUGAUUUUAAACACAAGUGGUAACAAAGGGUCUUAAAGUUUACGUAUAAUACAUUAUACAAUUUAUACAAUGAAUUUUGUAUUCUAGAAAAGCAAUUACAUUACAUAAUGUAUCUUAACAGUUCCUAGUCUUGCCAUUAUUGAAAUACAUAUAAGAAUAAGUGAGUGUGAAUUUUACAUUCCAUUGUCUCCACUAUCAAACAAUGCUUAUAAAAACCUUAUGUCUAAUGAUUUCAAAUGGUAAUUGAAAAAUUCGAGUAUUUUUUUAUUUUCAUUCUAAGGUUAAUUUAUGUACACGUUUUCUUUACCGUUGUCUCAUAAGCCUUAGAGCUUUAAUAAUGUAUGGGAUUAAAAGACCAAUAGAGAAUUAAAAUUUUGGUGUGGUUCAUGAAUUACUUUAAUCAUUUGGAAAUGAACAACAUGACUUAGUCUCUUGCGGCAUAAUUUGUGAUAUUAAAAAUGAAAUAUUUGUUUUCUUUAAAUAUCGAUUAAUAAUCUGUGCCAAGGAAACGGAAGCAAAUAGCCAUUCUAAUGGGAAAAAAAAUGAGAAUUUAUGUAAUAAAAUUUUUCUAUCCCUGUGCAUAUUCCAUUGAAAAUACUAUUUUUUUGUCAAAAUUUAAUGUAAAAGUACAAUUAGAUCUCAACACGUAAGUAAACGAUGUACCUAAUAAUAUUCGAAAAAAUGUACAUGUUAUGCAAUUUAAAUUUUAAUAAAUUAUACAAUUAUGAUCUUUAUUAAAAUAUUUAAAACCGCUAGAUUAGAUAUAUUUGUUCGCUAUAAUUAGUUUAAUUAUGUAUUGAAGUAAUAAAUUGUUGUGUAUAUAGUUUAAUUAUGUAAAUACAAUCUGUGUACUUUAUGUAGAGUUGUACGAUGUACCUAAUAACUGCUCUGAUGGUUCAGAAAAUAAUUCCAUCGAAAGAUCUUUUAGUAUCAUGUACUGAUUGUAACAAAAAUUCUGUCUAGGGCAAAUUCAAAUGUAGAUGUAUUAUGUAUGUAAAUCAACCACAAUAUUGCUUAGUGUAUAACGAGUCCUCACUAUGUUUUUUAGCUUUAUUAGUUUCUGAUAUUGCAAGCACCAUCAUCACUGGCAGCUUGAAGAUUGCGAGUAGGACGUUAAGGGCACAGAUCUAUCUACCUACUUUCUACUUCGUUAUUAAAUCUAAUACUAGAUUCGACAAAAAUAAACGCAUUCGCCGUGUCGUACCUAAGUUUACGUAUAUCAUUGGGACUAGUUAUCGAGUUAAAGUGGUAACUACACAAAAUAGACUAAGUGUGAAAAAUUAGAUUUUUUAUUGCCCAGAUAUGUGGACGAGUUUACUGCCCAUCUGGUGUUAAGUGGUUACUAGAGACCAUAAACAUUUUAAAAAUUAGUUGCUCCUUUUCUCUAUAUUGGCCUUAACACAUUCCUUUAAAAGUUGCAGUCACUUAAUUAUUGCAUAAAAUACUUUGUCCAGUCUCGGAUUCGCUAUUGCGACUCUUAUGUAAUGUUUAGAGGCACCAGUUUGGUUUUUGUUAUGCUCUUAAUUUUUUUUUGAUACAAGUUGAUUAAAAUAGGGUCUAGUUUUGUGUUUAUCAAGGUUAUUUUGAACUCGACGUUGCUAAGAGGCUUAAUCAAAAUCUCAAGAAUCGCUCCGAUUCAACAUACUUAAUUAUAUAAUAUUUCAUUAUUAUAGUUAUGAACUGUAGAUAGUAUUUCAAGUUGUAGACUGUAGAUGUUAGAUUGUCUAGACUGAGAAAUGUGUACUGUUGAGUAUGUCCGAAACGAUCGUUAUAAAUAAAUAAAUAUGAAGAUGUCGUCUGAGAUACGACUGUCGUUGGAAAACCUCCACUUUGAUCUACUGUCAUAUAUCUUUUUUGGUAUGAUUGCGGUUGGACCAUAAUCGCCCUCGUGCAAAUCCAAAUAUGGUACGUCGCUUAACAACACACAAGUUUUUGACUAACCAUAACUGUAGGGUUGGCACAGGUGUUUAAAAACUAAACAACAAAUUAAAAUUAUCUUCUAGCAAAAUAUAUAGAAUUAUAUGUAUAUAGAAUUUAUUUUAUAAUGUUGUCGAAUAACACCUUAAUUUUUGGUGAACGCGAAAACUGGCAAGUAAUCGAAAGUAUGGAAAUAAUAAAGUGAAAACGAUAAAAGCGAGAUUAAACCCUAAAAAUAGUUUUAAUUCUGUCUCUGGCGACUCGCGAAGAUCUUUAUUAGACUUAUUUUGUUGCCAUCUAAAUGAACUAAAAUAGCAUGCGCUAUGUUACAGAAUGUAAGACAACACAACAGACCACGGUCGGUGUUGACAAAGAGUGAAUAAGUUUUUAUCAAAAUCCCAUGUAUAUAUAAUAUCUAUGUAUGUAUGUUUAGGCGGAAAAUUAUUUUGAGAAAGUCUUUAGAAUUAUAAUUAAAUACAUUAGUUAUUUUUUCGUUUCGCUUGAAUUGUAGACUAAACCUUUGUUUUCGAAUAUAUGUAGGUAGUUUAAAUUCACCUGACAUUGUGUUCUGUAAAAGUGAAACGUGUUUUGUACAUAGACCUAUAUAGUAGGGACACGACAUAUUGUUCUAUACGUACAAUUGCUUAUAUAAAUAGCACCCAUUUUGAAGGCACAUACAUAAACAUAUAUCUAUCUCGUUCUUACUCAGCACUUUAACUCGCAGGAAAACAAUAUAACAGUAUUUCAGUGCGUACAUAAAAUGAAACAUGAAUAUACGUAAAUAUCUCCGUCUCCGUCUAAUGAGGCCGAAAAUCCGCCAUGCUUAGCGCGCCAAAUGUCAUUGUCACGUCAGUUCGGCCGUCUGUUUUGGGUUGUACAUUAUUUAUUGACUUUGAUAUCGAUUUAAUAUGAUUAAUUAUAUAAAAUUUCAUAAUUUAUCAUGCUUAAAACAUACAAAAAUAAUAAUUAAAACGUAUUUUAUAGGAUCUCAAGAAAGUCGAUGCCCUAAAACUAUUAUCUAUAUGUAUUUAAAUUCAUUAUGGAGCCCUCAUCCGAAAAAUCCAUUUUUCGGUCGGAAUCUAUUGAUCAUGACACUAAUCAUAAAUACCACUUUAAAAUAUGUCAUCAAAACAUAUUUAGACAUUCUGUUUAGAUAUUUCGGGAAAAAGGCUACCGACAAAAUCUCUUCGGAACUAUUUAAAUAAAAUAGUUUUAUUCCGCAGUGAGUAAAACACUAUUGUAAAUUUGUUAAAUAUUUAAUAAUUAAGUGAUUUUAGAGCGGAAGUCACAAGGAAUGACGUUUGUAAUUAAUGAAUAAAUGUUCUGUAGGUGUUUUUUUUUUCACGCGGUCUCUUGAUAAGUUUAAAAUUUGAAUCACUCUCAAGCGAAAGUGAUUCAAAUGGUGCGGCGCACCUUCUUUGGGGUGCGCUGCGGUAGUAUGUUACGGACUUUAGAGUCAGCAAAACAAUUAAAAUAGAUUGUUAUAGUCUAAGAAAAACACGUACUCAAAAUACGAUAACAUUUAGCAUACUAGAAAUGGACUGAUGGCUUUGAACUACGCCAUAUCUUUAUGUUUUGCGACAAACGACAACUUUAUAAAAUCAGUGUAGCAACUUUUAAAAAUCAUCAUAUCGUUUACUUGGCAAAUUCGAAGGACGAACUUGUCUUAGAUUUCACCCAUCUAAAUCAUAUCAUAUUUGCACAUAACAAUAUACCUACUUACUUCCCAUUAAAGUAUAAAUUCUACAAAUAAAUAAUACUCAACAAUAUUUAAAAUAAAAUGAGCCAAGAACGUUUAUCGAUAAAACCUGAUAACAUUGAAAUCUUUUGUACAGCACUAAAGCCGCCAUGUUUUGUGGCCAGAUGACGUCACAGUGGCACGAAAUUUUGGUUGACGUUUCAUUUCCAUAGGUUUCCUACUUCAUUGGUUUUGUAUGUUAUAGGUAUGGUAACUAUUUAAAUAUAUAUACAGCUUAGUGUAAUACACGAUAAUUUUAGUGAUUUAAUUAAGUACCUAUCUACAUUUUUAUCCAUUCUAAGAACAGCAUUUGAUGUAUUCUUAGUUAUAUCGAAUAUAAAGCACAGUAUUUUAAAUUAUUAUUUUACAACCAGCGCUGACACGAGCUGAAAUUAUGUAAUAAUGUUGUUCCGGUAAUCGAUAUACAUGUAAAAAAUAGUCGGGUUGGUUGACCCGAAAUUAAAUUAAUUUUAUGAAUGAAAUGAACGAUGAAUGGGAAAAAUAGGUUUAUGUAUAUAAAAAUUCAAAAUUUGAGCCCUCUAAUAUUAUUUAAACAUAAGAAAAUGAACAACUACAUCAAUAAUUGCACUUAAUAUCUUGAUUUAAGUUUUUUAUUUUGUGUGAUACGUCUGGAAAAACUUGUUGUAAAAAAGUAUUUACUUUGUGAAAACAAGAUAUCCUUUUUUAUAUCGUUUCAAGUCUCUCAACUUUGUAAAUGAAUAAAACUCUUCUUUAUUGUAAAUAUACAAAUUCAUAAUAUUUAAA